UGUAAAUUCAAAAGACCACGCAAACUGCGGCAGUACGACGCUAGCGAGCGCGUUUUACAGCCUACCGCAGCGGUAAUUUACAGCCGACUGACGACAGAGUGACUCGUAAGGCCCUCGCGCGCCAAAAACAGCAGUGGGCGCAUUUGCUCCGCAUACGGCUGCCAACGCGACGAUAACUGCAGUCGCAGCCACCUUGACGCCAGAUACAGCUGCCACCCGCGACGUAAACCCGCAGCGCAGCCACAGAACCAAAAGUGAGGCAGCCAUGCAAGCCCUCGCGACGCCGCGGCAACCACCGCAGCACGAACGUCCACCGCCGCUCUCGCUGCGGAGCCGCGCCGGCCGCGUGACGCCGCUGCCUGAUUUAGAUGUUGUCGAGCUCGGGCGCCAAGGGCUUCUGAGCGGCAGCAUCACGAGCCCGCGCGUGUCGAGACGGCAGGCCACGCUCCUCCGGAGCCCGGACGGCGCGCUGCGCGUCGUGAGCCUGGGCGCGAAUCCCACGGCGGUCGUCACGCGCGCGGGCGCCGUCGUGCGGCUCGCGGGCGGCGCCGGCGCGGACGUGGCGGCCGGCGACACGUGCUCUUGCGGCGUCCUUUAUUACCUUCGCGUUGUUCGCGUUGGCAUCGCGUGCCACGUCCACGUAGCGUCGAUGGCGCCACGUGUCACGCCAUCGACGCGAUGCCCCACGCAGGAUCGUGCUCUGCCCCGGCCGCCUGCUGCGCGACGGCGGUGGCUCGGCGGACGAGGACGAGGCGUUCACGCUCGUCGAGGCGGCGAUCCAGGACUUGCCGGCGGCGCUGCGCGAGAUCGCGCGGCUCCGGGCGGCGCUCGACGCCGCCGCGGCGACGCCCGCGGCCACGCCCUUGGCCACGCCGGCGCCGGUCGCAGCGCCGGCGCCCGCGCCGGAGCCGAUGGAGGCCGAGCCGACGGCGCCCGCGGCCGAGCCCGCGCCGGCGCCCACGGCCGACGACGCGCACGAAGCGGAGGACGCGCCGCUCGCGGUCGACGCCGUCGCCGCGCUCGCGGGCGCCGCCGACCUCGAGGCCGCGUCGCUCACGCACACCGACGACGGCGCGCGGUUCCUGCUGCGCUGGCGGGGCGGCGGCGCCUCCUGCGUGCGCGUGGAGGACGGCGCCUGGCGCGUCGUCGACGUGGCGGGCGCGGCGACGGCCGAGGCGCGCGUCGGCCGCGCGCUCGCCCUCGCGGCGGCGCUCGCCGCCGCCGACGACGUGCCCCGGUCGAGCGUCGACGGCGCCAUGGCGGCGUUCCUGGGCGGCGCCGCGCCGGCCGCUCCCAGCGACGACGUCGCGGACGCUGGAGACGACGACGACUCGGCCGGCGACUUCGAGGCGGAGGCCGCGACCGGCACGGCGAUGCUCGUCGAGGGCGACCUCGCGUCGGACGGCGAGGCGUCGCGCUACGACGACGGGAGCGACGACGGCGACGAUGGCCCCGCGACGCCCGGCGCGCGGUACGUCGAGGGGCUGAUCGAGGGAGCGGCCGAGGGAGGCGUCACGGCGACGUCACUACGUUGGGACGGCGCCUCGCAACUCGUCGGGGCCGUCAUGUACGGGAACGUGAAAUGCGAGGUGCGCGUCGACGUGAGCGUGACGCGCGAAGCCGUACUUUUGCGGGGGUCGUACAGCGGUGUCAGCAUGGGCGGCGUCAACUCGGUCCCCGUGCUCAAACUCCUGGUGGCCGCCGCGGCGGCGCCGGACGCGAUCGCGCGCGACGUGGGAGCCAAGCGCGCCGCCGCCAAGCGCGCCGCCGACGCGCUCGCGCCGCGGGCCGUCGCGGACUCGUUGCUGCACGCAGUGGCGACGGCGAAGACGUCCUUUGCCUACGCCGGCCUCCGGCGGCUCGUCGAGCCGGCGACGCUGCCCCUCGUCGCCGACGCGGCCGCCGUCGACGCGCUCGCGACGGCGCGGGCGGCGCGAGAUGCGGAGUGCCUCCAUGCUGUGCGCGACGCGCCGGCCUUCUACGAUUCCGAGGCGGGGCUCGUCUACGGGCGCGUCCGGCGGUCGACGGGACCCGGGCGGUGGUCCUCCUCGGACGUCGCCUUCGCCGCGGCGCCCGCCGCGGACGGGUCCGCGCUCCGCCUCGACCCGACGCGGUCCUGGACCUCCGACAAGUGGGACCGGCCGCUCCUGGCGCCGGCGGCGGUCGCCUUCGCCAAGGCGGCCGGGAUCACGGCCGUCGACGUCUGCGCGCUGCGGACAGCCCUGCUCGCGCUGCCCGACGUCGGCGCGGCCGCCGCGGACCUCGCGUUCAGCGUGAUCGCGUCGGAGUCGGGCGUCGACGCGGCGCUGCCCCGCCUGUUCGCGGAGGCUGCGGCGGCGGGCGCCGCGCCGCGGCCGGGCGACGCCUACGUGCGCGCGCUCGCGCCGGUCGUGCUCGACCCGGCGGCGGCGAAGACGCAGGAGGACCACGCGGCGGCGACCGUCGCGGACGCGCUCGACGGGAUCUCCGAGGCCUUCGAGGAGGCGGAGAACGAGGUCGAGGAGGCGCGCGACAACUGGGUGAAGGGCGAGGACUGCGACUGCCGGCCCGAUCGCUACGGGUACCGCAAGUAUGGGUGCCCGAACUGCGGCGACUACCACUGCCACGACGAGGACUGCUACGACCCGGACCAGAUCGAAUGCGACUGCGCGGCGGAGAACAACCCGCUCCCCGACCCCGCGGCCUUCGUGAAGGACCGGCUCGAGGAGGUCGACGCGCUGCUCGCGCGCGGCCGCGCCGCCGCCGCGCCCGACGACGUCCGCGAGGCGCUGCUCGUCGGCGUCGCGCGGGGCCUCGCGCCCCUCGCGCCCGCGGUGCCCCAACAUCAGGCCGCUGUGGGCCGCGGCGAGCCGCUUACGGCCGCCGAGAGGACCGAGGCGCUCCGCUCGCCGCUCUCGUCCGCCGAGCGGGCAGCGGUGUUGCGCGCGUUCACCGAGCUCGACGGCAAGACGACGCAAAUGCGGUUGCGCCGCUCCGUGGAACGCAUCCUGGGCUCGCCCGAGGGCUUUUUGGACGCGAAGAAGGCCGCCGUCAAGCAGGUUUGCGUGGAGGAGUUGCAACGCCUCGAGAGGGCGGUGCCAGCAUUUCGGCGCGCGCCACCAUUCGGACGUGGCCGCAUUCCGGUCCCGGCGCGGCGCACGCCGACGCCGUUCAAACGGGCCCUCGACGCGGCCGUCGGCAGCCGGCUCUCGACGUUGACCGACGGCGCGACGGCGCUCGCCAAGGCGGGCCGCCCGGCCCUCCUCGCGCGCCUGCUGCCGCUCCGGCCGACGGCGCCCUUCGCCGCCGACGCCAUCGCGGAGGCCAUGGCCGUGUCGGCGGGCUCGAGAUCGACGCUCGUCGCCGCCGUCAACGCCGCGGCCGCGAAGCUCGCCGCGCGGCUACGUAACGGCGCGGACUUCGCGCCGGCGCGGGCGAACCUCCGCGAGCUUCUGGCGCGCGGCUGGCUCUCGUCGUGGGAGACGGUCAAGGGGGCCUGCGACCUCGGUGCUUUGUCGGAGACGACGCCGAACGGCCUCGACCUCGUGGACUUUGCGAUGGAGGUGGCGCGCCACGCGUGCGCGCCGCCGGACGCCUUACCAACGACGCGGCGGGCCGCCGUCUCGGCGAUCGAGGACCGGCUCGCGUCGAAUACGGAUGCGGUACUCUCUUCGGAGGAUCUCGACCGCGCGCUGACGACGCUGCGGAGCAUCCAGGGCGAGGACGCGGACGCGGGCGCCGCCGCGGCGUCGCGUCGCGUGCUCUACGCGUGUGCCGUGAACGGAGAUUGGCACCGCUGGGCGGUCGUGUGUCGCGCCGCGCUGGAGAUCGACGGUGGCGCGGAGACGGUUAACGCGGCCCGGGGCGGCGCCGAGACGCUGAUCAAGCGCGACAUCAGGCACGGCUGCGCGGUCGUCCGCGAGGGCAUCGCGAAGGGUUGGCUACCGACGGACCGCUGCAUUUCCAUCGCCGCAUUUGGAAAUGCGCCUACGGCGCCCCGCCGCCUGGCGCUCUACGAGCUUGCCCUCGAUGAGGCGACGCGCGACGGCGCGCCGGCGGCGCUGCUCGAGUCCGCCCUCGACGCGAUCGCGGCGCAGCCGCCCGUCGCCCUCGACCAAGGCAACCGAAUCGAGGGAGUCAACCUCGACGCGUUGAUCGAGCGCCUCAUGCGCCUCCGCCCGAGCAUCGGCCUGGCCCUGAGCCUGGCGUCGACGUCGCUCGACGACCUCGAGGCGCGCAAGCGCGCCGCCCGCCUGCUGCUCGCGCACGGCUCGGACGACCAGCUGCUGGCCUUCGCGCGCGCCGAGAGCGCGCGGCCGUCGCAGCGCGAGGUCACGUUCGUCGUCGAAGCCGCCGACGUCGGCCUGACGCUCACGCACGCCUCCGAGGACAACACCUACGGGUACGGGGCGGGCACGAGGCGAGGCGCCAAGGUCGUCUCGGUGAGCGCUCGGGCGCGCGCGGCGUGCGUCAUGCCGGGCAUGCAGCUCGUCCGCAUCGCUCGGGCGAACGUGACCGGCGCCGACAAACACGACCAGCUCCUGGCCAGCAUCCGGCAGGCGGCGCGGCCGGCGACGCUCGCCUUCGCCUGGCCGACGCCGCAGCCCGACUUCUCGGCGCGGGGCGCCUACUCGGCGGCGGCCAUCGAAGCGAGCGUCGCGGAGAAGGGCUUCGACGUCGCGGUCCGCGGCGAGUACGCGAAACUGUACGGCGACUGCCGCGCGGCCGUUCCCGACGUCAUCUGGCUGCACACGAUGCUCACCGAGUCCGACCGCAACUGCGACGCGGCGCUCGGGGUCCUGGCCUCCGCGUACCUGACGGCGCCCCAGAACUGGCCCCGGAAGCUCGCGAGCGACGCGGAGGCCCUGCGCGUCGCGCCGCUGCUGGGGUCGGCAUGCACCACUCAACACUCACGGGGCGACCUCGUCCUCAAUUGUCGAGGGUGCAUGAGCGGGCUUGAGCCGGGGCUCCGGGCGAUGGCCCGGCUCCGCGCGCUGACGCUCGCCGGGCUACCGGACGCGACGGCGCGGCCACUCUUCGACCACCUGGCGGAGCGGGUCAUCAGAACGGUCAACGCUCGCGUGCGGGGGAAGGUCAGCGGCCUCAUCCGAGGCUACAAGACGCGCACCGUCGCCGGCCUCACGCCGUUCGCGCCGCCCGCGCCGCCACCGGGCCCGCCGCCCGCGAAAAGACAACGCGUCGAGCCCGCGCCCGAGGAGGAGGAGAGCCAGGAGAUCUCGAUCGUCGGCGUCCGGACAGCCGAGGAGCGGGACGCCGAGGCAUUUGCGAACGCCAUCGUCAUUGAGGAGACGCAACCCGAGCCGGCCGCCGACGAGGACGACUCCCAGGUUAUGGACUUGACGCUUAGUCAACCGGACGCCUAGUUAUUUAUAAAACACCCGUAUGAGGCGC